AUGGCGUCGUCGACGGCGCCGAGUCCAAUGGUUUCCUCAACAGGACAGCCGUCUCCAGCAUCUUCUGGGCAAGCAUCGCAAGACAAACCGAAGAGGAAUAGGACGAGCAAACCCAAAGUUAAGACCGGUUGCAACAAUUGCAAGCAACGGAGGAUAAAGUGCGACGAGAAGCGGCCUAGCUGUUCGCAAUGUGAGAAGUCUAAGAAGGCAUGCCCUGGAUAUCCAGCGCCAAGCCGAAGUGCGAGGCCUCAUGAAGUUGUCCCCCUUGCGCCAAAGCCACUUCUCGCAGCCGCUCCGCCUCUUCUUCAACCAGCACCCGCAACUCGGCCACCUAUUCCAAAUGUCGACCUACCUACUCGACGCGCAGCAAAGCAGGCUGCUCGGAAGCGAGCAGCAGCCAAGCCUGCUCCAAAAGAAAAUUCAACUGCGAACCUCAACGCGAACGGCCUAACCAUUUAUCGGCCGAGUGCAAACUUGCCUCUCGAGGACCAGGAGGGCCUGUACUUCCAACUCUUUCGGACACAAACGGCCAGAGAGUUAUCUGGCUUUUUCGAUUCGGUCUUCUGGACCCAGACCGUUCUCCGGGAAUGCCACUCGGCUCCGGCUAUCCGCCAUGCCGUGGUCGCCCUCGGUGCUUUGUACAAGACACUCGAACAAUCAAGUCUAUCGCCUCCGUCCUCUCCGUCGCAGAAACAGCUCGUCCCUGCCGGUUCAACAGCAUCCCAUUGGCAGAUGGCCGUCAAAGAGUACUCGGCGGCCAUAACCUCGGUGGUUGCAUUGAACGCGCAGAAUCAAGGGUCCCAUAGGAUUCUGCUCAUGGCAAGUGUCCUUUUGGCCUGUUUCGACUCGUUCAUCGGCGAUCAUAAGCAGGCGAUAAAUCAGAUCCAGAAUGGCCUGCGUCUUCUCGACCAGCUCCGAGCAGCACGGCAGCAUCCCUUACUACCUGGGGGGUCACCAGACACCAUUGAAGACGAGCUAAUCCAGAUGUUCACCCGCCUAGCAAUCCAGGCCAAGUCGUACGAUAUGGCCUUCCACUUUCCUCAGCCAUAUGUAAUUCGCUUAACACCUCAGACUCCCGAUUACCACCAGCCCACCUCACCACGCUCGGACUCAAGCUCCUCGUCUCAUUCUAGUCUCAAUACUCCCCAUACGAUACCGACCCAAUUUGGUAGUCUCCUCGAAGCCCGGCGAUCUUGGGACGCGCUCUGCGAAGCCAUGCUGAGGUUUACCGAAACCCUCUUCUUGUCGUCAAAUCCCAACGGCCCGAUGGGCAUCCUUCCACGUGCCCUAAAACAAUAUGGACUUGGAUUUAAGGAGAAGCUUGAGGCCUGGUCGGAUGCAUUUCAGCCGCUUCUUGAGCGCCGCAGUGCACCUAACGUCAGCUCCCAAGAGAAGGCGGGAAUCGCGGUUCUAAAGAUGUUCCAGACUAUGGGUCAGAUCCUAUUUCUCAUGACAUUUUGUGAUUCGGAAUCCCUCUUCGACAUGUUUGAAUCGCAGUUCAAGUCCAUCGUGGACCUCGCGCUUGAAGUGGUUGGAGACGAAGAAAGACGAGCGGCGACAGUCAGGUGCCCCGAUCCGGCUCAGUGCACGCAUCGAAACCUGACCACCGACUUCCUCAGCGGACAUGAGUAUACAGCCUAUCACGUCAAACCGAGCUUCAGUGCCGACCUUGGCAUUGUCCCGCCGCUGUACGUCGUCGCAACUAAGUGCCGCAACCACUCGAUUCGUUGGCAAGCCAUUCGGCUUUUGAGAAGCAGCUCCAGGCGUGAGGGAAUGUGGGACAGUAAUCUCAGCGCCCACAUUGGAGAGUGGGUGGCCUCGAUCGAGGAGGAAGAGGGUCUGUCCCCUGGAACCCGCAGCCAGCCCAGUCGGCGGUCGAGCAGCAACGAUUCGCUGCCAUUUGGAGAAGACGUGGCGCUUGGCCCAGGUGGAAAUGCGAGGUGGGACUACCGGAGAGACGGAAAUAGCCCCGGUGCCAACAGUCGAUCAUCCAAGAGAUUAGUCCCCGAGGAAAAGCGAGUCAUGGUCCGAUCAGUCGAUUUCGAUUUGAAGUCUAGAUUCGCGCGACUCACUGUGGGGACGCGAGGGCUGCAACCAAAUGCGAUUGAUCUGCGCGCUCGACAGACAACCGUCCGCUGGUGA